AUGGGUAAUAGAAUAAUUCUAGUUUCUUGCAUUAUCCUAAGCAUUUAUUUUGUCUCAGCAGUGGUGGGAAUCCAAACCAUAGAUGCGGAACAUUGGUGCAGAAAAACACCACACACGGGUCCAUGUCAAUCUCUUGUAGCCCGAGAGCCCAUAAGAACGACGGCUCAGUUCGUGGAACUAUCCGUAAAACAGACAAUAGAGGGAGCCAUGCAAGCCAAGAACCGCACCUACUUGUCCCUCGGAUCAGAGUUGAGGAACCCACGUGAAAAGGCUGCCUUAGAAGACUGUCUCGAGCUGCAUGACAUGACCAUCCGCAGGCUCAAUCAGAUCAUGCUUUGUCCGACCAGCCAUUGCUCCCCGUCCGAUGUCCAGAUGUGGCUCAGCUCCGCCCUCACCAGCCUCGACACUUGUCUCGUUGGUUUGUCUGAGCACAACGUCUCCGACCACCUCUUGCCCUCCAUGUUACAUGACAUCACAUACCUCCUUAGCAACGCUUUGUCGCUGAACAAGAGAGGAAAACAUGUAGGGCAUCCGUCGGAGGAUCAAAAGAUAGACGCAGUGGUAGCGAAAGACGGAACGGGGAAUUACAGGACGGUGAAAGAGGCAGUGGACGCAGCGUCCAGAUCGAAGGGAAGCAGUAGGUUUGUGAUUUAUGUAAAGGAAGGGAUAUACGAAGAAUACUUGUACAUCCACAAACAUAACCUUACGAUUGUCGGCGAUGGCAUUGGCAAGACCGUCUUCACCGGCAGCAAAAGUUAUGGCUCUGGCUAUUCCACUUUCAAAUCCGCCACGUUUGUGGUGGAGGCGGAAGAUUUCUUGGCGAAAGGAAUAACGUUCAGGAACACGGCGGGAGCGAAGAAUGCGCAGGCGGUGGCUGCGAGGUUGGAUGGGGAGAGGGGAGUGUUCUACAAAUGCAGCUUCGAAGGAUACCAAGACACUCUCUACGUUCACUCCGCUCAACAGUUCUUCCGAGAGUGCGAUAUCUACGGCACCGUCGACUUCAUCUUCGGAAACGCCGCCGCCUAUUUCCAGAACUGCCGAAUCUUCGCCCGUAAACCUCUCAAUGGCAUGAACGCCAUUACCGCUCACGCAAGGGUCUCUCCCGACGAGCCUACGGGUAUCGUCAUCCAUAACUCAGUCAUCUCAGCCGCUCCAGACCUCCUCAAGUCCCCUCGCGGCUCUGUCACCACAUAUCUCGGUCGACCAUGGCGGCCUUACUCUCGUACCGUCAUCCUCAACAGUUACCUCGACAGCCUGAUCGACCCCAAGGGUUGGCUCCCUUGGGAUUCCAACCACACUGUUCUCACCACUCUGUACUACGCUGAGUAUAACAACACUGGUCCCGCUUCUGGUACGAGUAAGCGUGUCACCUGGCCCGGUUUCCACGCCAUCACUGACUAUGCCGAGGCUCGCCGGUUCAGUUUGAGUAAAUUUUUCCGCGGUGUUUCUUGGCUGCCGGCGACCAAUGUUCCCUUCGACGACAAUUAA